CCGCAGUACAAAGUCAUGUGACGGAUCAUAAAUACUUGUGUUGUGUUGCCCGCUGGAGGGAAGAUGAACAGACUGAUCUUGCUGGUGCUGUUUGCGAUACUCUGUCAGGUGUAUACAGUGCCCUUACACACUGAGGAAGACGAGUAUCUUUUCAAGUCAUGGAUGUCUCAGUAUAAUAGAAAAUAUGACACGGAUGAAUAUUACCAGCGACUGCAGAUAUUCCUUGAAAACAAAAAGAAGAUUGACCUCCAUAAUGCUAGGGACCACAAGUUUUCAAUGGGGCUGAACCAGUUUUCAGACAUGACCUUUACUGAAUUUAAGAAGUACUACCUCCUGACAGAGCCUCAGAACUGCUCAGCCACCAGAGGGAAUCAUGUCAGCAGCAAUGGGCCCUAUCCAGAUAUGAUUGACUGGAGAACGAAGGGAAACUAUGUGACCGAUGUAAAGUAUCAGGGCGCUUGUGGUAGCUGCUGGACUUUUUCCACCACAGGCUGUCUGGAGUCUGUCACUGCCAUUGCCACAGGGAAACUCCUACAACUGGCAGAGCAGCAGCUUGUAGAUUGUGCUGGUGCUUUCAACAAUCAUGGCUGUAGUGGAGGUCUCCCGAGUCAAGCCUUUGAGUACAUCAUGUACAAUAAAGGUCUUAUGACUGAGGAAGACUACCCCUACAAGGCUAUUGAAGGAUCUUGUAAAUUCAAACCACAGCUGGCUGCUGCUUUUGUGAAGGAUGUUAUAAAUAUUACACGGUAUGAUGAAAUGGACAUGGUGGAUGCUGUGGCCAGGUACAACCCUGUCAGCUUUGCAUAUGAGGUGACAUCUGAUUUCAUGCACUACAAAGAUGGAAUUUAUACCAGCACUAAGUGUCACAACACUACUGACAAAGUGAACCAUGCAGUGCUUGCUGUGGGCUAUGCUCAGGAGAAUGGAACUCCAUACUGGAUAGUGAAGAACUCCUGGGGAACCAGCUGGGGCAUUAAAGGGUAUUUCUACAUUGAGAGAGGAAAAAACAUGUGUGGACUUGCUGCUUGCUCAUCCUAUCCUUUGCCUCUGGUGUAAAUAACUUAAAGUAUAUUCUCACACCAGAAAAAGGGAGACAAGCUAUUAGAAUAUAGUCUCACAUAAAAUCAGUUUAUGCACAAUGGACAAUGAGUGAAAUGUAUAUAUAUAUAUAUAUAUAUAUAUAUAUAUAUAUAUAUAUAUAUAUAUAUAUAUAUAUAUACACACACACAUUUAAGACAUUCAGUGACAUUUAAUUAGCUUUUAACUUUCUGAUUGUUGAAGUUAUUAACUUUAAAUUUUAAUGUUCACGUUUGCAACACAUAAUGAUUGUAAAGUGAAAUAAAUAUAUUCUCAGGGAA